GAUACGAUUCUAGUUACUGAUUCAGAAUCAUUCCCUUUUCAACAUCACUCAUAACUCUCAGUUUCAUUAGAGAGAGAAAGAGAUGGGGAGAGAUGAUGAAUUGGAUGCUUCUCUACUAUUUAGUGAUGAUGAAAACUGCAAGAGAAGAAGAAGAAGAAGAAGCAUAGCUCUCUGCUUCAUCUUCCUUGCUUUCUCAGCCACAACUCUAACCUUUUUUGCUUUGAGAAGUGAUGAUGAUGGUCAUCAUCCAUGGGAGUUAAAAUCAAGACAUUUUGCCCGAAACGACGACGUUGUAGAGUCAAAGCAAGCGGUGGUUGCAGCCGACGAUGGCCGUUGCUCCGAAAUCGGCGUCUCCAUGCUCGAAAAAGGCGGCCACGCCGUCGACGCCGCCGUCGCCACCGCGCUCUGCCUCGGAGUCGUGGGCCCCAUGUCCAGCGGCAUCGGGGGCGGGGCCUUCAUGGUGGUCCGGUCCUCGUCCGAGCCGGGCGCGGUCGCUUUCGACAUGAGGGAAACCGCCCCGGCCGCUGCUUCGGAGGACAUGUAUGAGGGCAAUGAGGAUGCUAAGCUCUUGGGUGCAUUGGCGAUGGCCACGCCGGGCGAGGUGGCCGGGCUUUACGAGGCGUGGGUGAGGUACGGGCGCUUGCCUUGGAAGGCGUUGUUCGAGCCCACGAUCGAGCUUGCGAGAGACGGGUUCGUGGUGAGCCCGUAUCUCGGGCUGAAGAUUAAGGCAAAUGAAGAAAAGAUCAGGGCUGACCCUGGUCUGACCAGGGUCUUUGCCCCGAACUCCACGCUGCUCAGAUAUGGCGACAUCUGCUACAACGUGGAGCUCGGGAACACCCUGCAGGCCGUUGCGGAGCAGGGCCCGGAGGCCCUGUACAACGGCCUGAUAGGCGAAAGGCUGAUCGAGGACGUGAGGCAAGCGGGCGGGAUAUUGACUAUGGAGGAUCUUAGGAACUACAGAGCAAGAGUGACUCCUGCGGUGGAGGCUGAGGCAUUGGGGUAUAAGAUCUUUGGAAUGCCCCCGCCUUCUAGUGGGACGGUCGGGCUUGCUCUGGUUCUAAACAUCUUCAACAGCUAUGGGAAUCGCCAUGCUGCUGAAGGUCCAUUAGGCCUGCACCGACUAGUGGAAGCCUUGAAGCAUAUGUUCGCCAUCAGGAUGAACCUCGGAGACCCCGAGUUCGUGGACGUAAGCAGAACUGUGACAGACAUGCUUUCGCCUUCCUUCGCCAAGAGGAUCCGAGAGAGGAUAUUCGACAACACCACAUUCCCGCCCGAAUACUACUUGCCUAGAUGGAGUCAGCUGAGAGACGAAGGGACGAGCCACUUCUGCGUGGUGGACUCAGAGAGGAACGCGGUGUCGAUGACAUCGACAGUGAACUACGCGUUCGGAGGAGGGGUGCUGUCGCCCUCCACCGGCAUAAUCCUCAACAACGAAAUGGAUGAUUUCUCAAUACCAAGUGAGGUAUCAUCACCUGAUGAGCUCCCACCUUCUCCAUCCAAUUUCAUUAGGCCAAACAAAAGACCCCUGUCUUCCAUGACCCCCAUCAUUGUCCUCAAGGAUAAUGAACUAGUUGGAGUUCUUGGUGGGAGUGGUGGUAUGGAUAUCAUUCCAGCAGUCACACAAGUCUUCCUCAACCAUUUUAUAUUGAAAAUGGAACCUCUACCAGCUAUUCAAAGCCCAAGGGUGUACCACAAGCUGAUUCCGAAUAUCGUAUACUACGAGAACUGGACGGUGAUCGACGGCGAGCACAUUGAACUGUCUGGAGAGAGACAGCAGUUCUUGAGAGACAGAGGGCACCAAGUGAAAGCUAAAGCAGGGGGAGCAAUCUGUCAGCUUGUUGUACAAAACAUUACCAAUUUGGGGAGAAAAGUGAAGAACAGUAACGGAAUGUUAACCGGCGUAAGUGAUCCCAGGAAGGGCGGCUGGCCGGCGGCUGUCUGAAUCAUACUCAUAUUUUACCACAUUUGGAUACAAAAUGUACAUACUCCACAAAGAAGGUGGUGCAUUGCUACUAAAAAAUGGAGUAUAUUCAUAAAAUUUUCAAUUUCCUA